AUGGUAGCCAAGGCACUUUGCAUCGCGCUCGCGAUUAUCUGUGCUGCGUCAGCGGCACCCCAGAACAGAAUAACCGGUGGGUCUGAUACCGACAUCACCGAAUUCCCACACAUCGCAGCGCUCGUGUACUACUAUCCCAGAAUCGAGCUUUACAUCCAACGUUGUGUGGGACCCCUCAUUUCAUCCUGGCAUGUCUUGUCUUCAGCGUACUGCUUUACAGGAGCUGAUCUGUCCAACUUCGUGAUCCGCGCCGGUUCCUCCAACAGCCUUAUUGGAGGCUUGGAGACAACCAUGCGUGGAAUCCUCAAGCACCCCGAUUACGUAGAAUCUCCUCGCCAAAACGAUAUCGCCCUUGUUUUCUUGCAACAGCCAUUCGGACAAAGCAGUGUUAUUAGGCCGCUGCCUUUGCCACCCCAGGACUAUGUUGUACCUGAUGGAAUCGCUGGUGUGGUAGCUGGAUGGGGUUUUGAAAUGGAAGGUGGUAUUCAACAUGACACCCUCAAAAGCGUGGUCUUAGAAAAGGUGUCCCUUGACUCUUGCGCGGCUGCUUAUGCUGACGAAGAUCAAAUCGAUAUCAAUGAAAGAGUGAUAUGCGCUGCGAGAGAAAGCUAUGGCACAUGUUUCGGCGACGCCGGCGCACCCAUGGUGGCUGCAGUGUUCAACACACCGGCACUUAUUGGUAUCUCAUCCUACUACAAGGACUGCGGUUCUGCUGAAUACCCAGAUGUGUUCACAAACAUUGCCAGCUACACAGACUGGAUUGUGGAGAAUGCUGUAGCACCCGAACAGAGGUUCGCUUCUGACCGACCCAACAUUGUCUAUUGAAGUUCGAUUUUUAUUAGAACGUGAUGUUUAAGUAGUGUUUAAGCCAGA